GCGGACAGUUGCCUCCCCGCUCCCGACUUUUAAUAGGCUGGGGAAGGAAGGUUGGGAAACUUGACAUUGUCUUAAGAAGAGUGUGUGUCCCCCCCCAGCAAAGGAUAAAAAGGGGCGGGGGGGGGGGGGGAGAAACUUCCUUACGGUGGGAAAGUUGAUGGAUUUCUAACCUGACGACAGCAGCGCGGUGUGAGCAGCCCUUUGCCGGCUGGAUGGAUGAUGGGAAUCUCACCAUGAGGCAGAUAGCUGAUCAGCUUCCCUGGAUUUCGCUGACGCCACAGGAAAGCUUUGCCUGAAGAUGGAAACACUGGAGUCGGAACUGACCUGCCCUAUCUGUCUGGAGCUGUUUGAAGACCCGCUGCUGCUGCCUUGCGCUCACAGCCUCUGCUUCAACUGUGCGCACCGCAUCCUGGUCUCCCACUGCGCCACCAACGAGCCGGUGGAGUCAAUCACCGCCUUCCAGUGCCCGACCUGCCGCUAUGUCAUCACCCUCAGCCAGCGCGGUCUAGACGGGCUCAAGCGCAACGUCACCCUGCAGAACAUCAUCGACAGGUUUCAGAAAGCCUCGGUCAGCGGACCCAAUUCCCCCAGCGAGACCCGCCGGGAGCGGGCGUUCGAUAGCAACAGCAUGUCGUCCUGCGAGAAGGUCCUCUGCCAGUUCUGCGACCAGGACCCUGCCCAGGAGGCGGUGAAAACCUGCGUUACCUGCGAGGUGUCCUACUGCGAGGAGUGCCUGAAAGCCACUCACCCCAACAAGAAGCCGUUCACCGGCCACCGUCUCAUCGAGCCCAUCCCGGACUCUCACAUCAGGGGAUUAAUGUGCUUGGAGCACGAGGAUGAGAAAGUGAACAUGUACUGCGUGACCGACGACCACUUAAUCUGUGCCUUGUGUAAACUGGUUGGGCGACACCGUGACCAUCAGGUGGCGGCGUUAAGUGAGCGCUACGACAAGCUAAAGCAAAAUUUGGAGAGUAACCUCACCAACCUUAUUAAGAGGAAUACUGAACUGGAAACUCUUUUGGCGAAACUCAUUCAGACCUGUCAGCAUGUAGAAGUAAAUGCAUCCCGCCAAGAAACCAAGCUGAUGGAAGAAUGUGACCAGCUCAUUGAAAUAAUCCAGCAAAGACGACAAAUAAUCGGAACCAAAAUCAAGGAAGGAAAGGUGGUGAGGUUGAGAAAACUGGCUCAGCAGAUUGCGAACUGCAAACAGUGCAUCGAGCGCUCGACAUCCCUCAUCUCUCAGGCUGAGCAGUCGCUGAAGGAGAACGAUCACGCUCGCUUCCUGCAAACUGCUAAAAAUAUCACUGAAAGGGUUUCCAUGGCAACUGCAUCCUCCCAGGUUCUAAUUCCUGAAAUUAAUCUCAACGAUACUUUUGAUACUUUCGCGCUUGAUUUUACCAGGGAGAAGAAAUUGUUGGAAUGCCUUGAUUACCUUACAGCUCCCAACCCACCCACCAUUCGAGAAGAGCUCUGCACAGCUUCUUAUGAUACCAUUACUGUCCAUUGGACAUCGGAUGAUGAGUUCAGUGUGGUCUCUUAUGAACUGCAGUAUACCAUCUUCACCGGACAAGCUAAUGUUGUUAGUUUAUGCAACUCAGCCGACAGCUGGAUGAUUGUUCCCAAUAUCAAACAAAACCACUACACAGUGCACGGGUUGCAGAGUGGCACGAAGUACAUCUUCAUUGUUAAGGCCAUUAAUCAGGCGGGCAGCAGAAGCAGCGAGCCUGGCAAACUCAAGACAAACAGUCAGCCAUUUAAACUGGACCCCAAAUCUGCUCAUAGAAAACUGAAAGUGUCUCAUGAUAACUUGACAGUGGAACGUGACGAAACAUCCUCCAAGAAGAGUCACACACCGGAGCGAUUCACAAGCCAAGGGAGCUACGGAGUAGCUGGCAAUGUGUUCAUUGACAGCGGGCGGCAUUACUGGGAAGUGGUUAUAAGUGGGAGUACGUGGUAUGCCAUUGGUAUUUCUUACAAGUCAGCACCAAAGCAUGAGUGGAUCGGGAAGAAUUCUGCCUCCUGGGUGCUCUGCCGCUGCAAUAACACAUGGGUGGUGCGGCACAACAGCAAAGAAAUCCCCAUCGAGCCCGCACCUCACCUCCGGCGAGUUGGGAUUUUGCUGGACUAUGACAAUGGUUCCCUUGCUUUCUAUGAUGCUUUGAACUCCCUACACCUUUACACUUUUGACAUUACAUUUGGGCAGCCAGUGUGCCCCACAUUCACUGUGUGGAAUAAGUGUUUGACCAUAAUAACUGGCUUGCCUAUCCCUGACCACCUAGACUCCUCCGAGCAGCUCGCGUGACUGCUAAAAGCCAAAAGGUAGGACGACGCGUCUUUCCCAGGGUGGCCCGGUGGCUGCCCACAGGAGCUUGUCUGGAGGUGGUGGACCACACGGCAUCCCGGCCGUCACUGCCAAAUCUGGCCAGAACUGAAAAGGAGAGAAUAUCUCCUUACUGUGUACUUUGUACGGAAGGACAAGAAGUGGCUUUAAUAAUAUCUUAGAACUUUCUUUUGAAGUUGGUUUUGGUUGGUUGGUUUUGUAUUUAGUCUCCUACAGGAAGAUUUAUAAAUUAUUUAUAAAAAAAAAAAAAAAAGAGAGAAGGGAAAGCCUGGUUUGGACACCUGGAAAAUGACUUAUUUGUUUUGCACAGUGAUGGUCCUAUUAAUUAAAGCUUCAUCAGCCCUUUACGUCAUUUUAUUUUUCAGUGGCUAAAAGCAGGAAAUUGGAAGGAUGAAAACUGUGCAGUGGACAAGUCAGUAUACUGCAGGUUUUAUUUGGGCCAAUAUUAGUGCUCUCAUUGCCAGUCUUACUGAGUGUGAGAUCUCCUAAUUUCUACUUUGCACAUGGGACUGUGCAGACCAAAAAGAACAAAAAUAAACAAGUGAGGAAACGCAGCUAGCCAACACAGCAAAAGAAGAAAUUUUAAUUUCCCUCUGUUCACAAGGCAGUGUUCUCUCCGUUCAUAAAAAAAACCAUGUGGAAUAUCUCCUAGAAAAGUGAGUGGAUAAAUCAUCUGGUGAUUUAUUUUAUUGAUGGCAACAUUCCCAUCUACCAGUGCUUCGCCUUUGUCCUUGGAAAACAUUGUAGAAUCACUGAGGAUGUGAAAGACUGAUACCAUCUCUGAGAAUCGGCAACACUGGAGGAGAGCAGCCAAUCCAAGGUCUGACUGUAGACUAAUUUGAUAAAGCACGGCAUCGUUUAAGGAUUGAUUGUAACAGAAGAUGUCACGGCUCUGAUGGUAGACGUGUGAAUGCUUAUUGCUGAUUUUACAAGGUUCAACAUAGCAAGCCCAGCCAACAACUCGGAAGUGAGACAAGCGCCACUUUACCAUUGAUUUUAAAUUAAAUACAAAUGUUUCAUUGUCAUACCCUGUGUAGUCUCUAUAACAAAGCAAGGAAAUCUGUUUUACAUGUGCUGUAUGGAGAAACACUGCAGCUGGUGUUUGCUCAUAGUUAUCAUUGUCCUGGGGUGUUUGGGAAAGCACAGUUCUCUUUGUGAAUGAGGAGUAAAUAACAAGUUUUCAGCAGCAGUAGGAGUCUGCACUGGCAGGCCCUACAUUCAUCCUGGUGUUGGUGGAUGAACUUCAGUGAAGGCAAUAGAGGUUGGACCUACUUUAUCUCAAAGCUGAAUCAGGUGCAUUUUUUUUUCUCUUUUCCUUCUACAGAAUAGAAGCCCUUUGUAAUUACUACAAUGCUUAUGUCUAAAUGAUCAUUUUGGGAGAUGCUUGAGGCAUAUGACAACUUUAAAAGAAUGGUUUUCCUUCAGUGUUUUGUUGUUACUAUGCAAGUGGUGAAAAUCUGCCUGUGUAGAAAGAGGAUAAAUUGAAUACCAGCUUUAAGAAAAGAUUUGCUCAGUAAUUUAUAACCAUGAUUUAGGUGUCUUUUGAAAAGGAUGCCUUAAUGCACUUUGUUCACUAAUGGGUCCAAACUAAAAUGGUCCCAAGCUCAGCUUCAGAUUUUUAAAAUACUGAUCCUCCAGGUACCAAGCUGUACUACAGUUUGCCUUAUGACAAUGCAGAAAAUUUAUGAGCAAGAUGAGGAAGACGUACAUGCCUAUUUGGUUUUUUUCCUUUUUUUAAUAGAAAAAAAAUGCCUAUCCAUGUUCCUUUGAUUUCCCUCUACAUGCCCUGCUAAAUGCUGAAUUAAAUGGAGAAAAAUCUGACAGUAUGUUGCCGGUACCAUGGCUUUCAGCUGGGGCAGUGUCCCAUGGUUCACAGGUAGGACCCACUGAUCUUUCCAGAGUUGACAUAAAUAAGCAAAAAUCUGUACAUAUAGUGAACUGCAGUGAUUAUCAUAGUUUCUUUAAUAAUAAUGUGUACCCUCAAAAUGAAAAAGUAAAUAAAUCCCAAAACAUUACAUUUUAUAAUUGAUCACAAUGCUACUAAUACAAUCUGAGGUACAUUGCCCAGAUAUCUGGCCUGGGAUGUUUGGAAGAGAGCUAAGAUGGCAUGAAAAUUCUUAUAAAGAGUUUACAGGAGAUGACUGAUGCAAAGCAGUGAUAAAAAGAUGCCGGUAAAAAAAAAGAUUUAUAAUGUAGGAUUACUGCCAAGUUUCUGCCUAAAAGAAAAGGGUAUAUUACCAAAGUACAUGUAGCAAGGCUGUGUAUCUUCUCUUUUGCCAGAAAUAUUAAAUCUAGAAGCUGAUUUCAGUAGUGGGCAAACUGAAAACACGGUUCAGUGUUUGGCCAUACAAUGGUGGUAGAGAUUGAGCUGGCUGGAAGUAAUACCAUGAAUUUGGAAAGAUCCCCAGUGAUCUCACAUAUUUUCAUUGUAAAGAUAGACCGUGAAUCUAAAGACAGAUCAUGGUUUUGGCCAAUGGAAAAAGAAUAGUCUGUUAUCUACAGGCCUUGCUGUAUCAUUUUUAUUUUAACACAGACUACUUCAUUUGGAGCUAAGCCACAUUUCUCCAGUGGACUAUUCAUUCAGUCAGUACUCUUUGUGUGUAUAUGUUUGUGUAUAUAUGUAUUCAUAUGUAUGGGUACACACACACCUGUAUAUACACAAAUAUAGUAUGUAAUUUGUGUAUAUGCAUACAUACAUAUAUACACACACACAGACUGACAGUAAUUAGUCAAGUGUUCCUUUUUUGCUUGUUUCUUGAACAAUUUCAUAUUCUGUAUGACUAUGAGGAAACAAGUUUGCUAUGAAUGGUAUUCUUCUGGACAUUUUUUAACAAACAAAAUCUGUUUAUUUUACAAUACUUGAUUCAAUGCCUGAUUAAUCAAUAAAAACAUCCAUUCUAAAAUGUAGCUUCUGUGGUCUGUGGCAUUUUGCAUGGUCCAUAGUAAUCAAUUGAAAUCGGGCGGAAUGGUAAUCCUGGUGUAAAAAUAAAACAUGGUAUUUUAAUGUAGCGUACCAUCUUGGAUGAGGGUUUUCCCCUGAUUUUUAGAAGUUUUGUGACUAGGAAUGAGGUAGCAUUGAAUAAUGCCGUGUUUAAAAAAGGCAGAUUUUUGAGGUAAUAGUCUGCUGAGAUGCAGGCAAUGAAUGUAGUAGAUAAAGCCUGUGUUGGUAUAAUGAUUGUUUCAGAGAUGUAUUUAAAACCCAAGCUGGGAUUCAGCAGAGUUAGAGCAAACUGUAGCACAAUCUCUUUAGAAGACGUUAGCAUUGGCUGGGAGUAGUCAAAGCUCAUCUCUAGCUUGAGGUAGUGGAACGGUGGAGGAUUUUUUUCUCAGUGAGGCCAGAUAAGAUUUUCCAUGCAGGAAAAAGUCAUUCAGGAAUGUGCUGUAGGUCGUAAAUUAUUUAGUAGACUGUCUCCAGCCCACUGUAGUUUCCCAUUGUUGGUUUUCAGAGAGCAAUGAGAAAGCUGAAGUUGCUGCAUUUUCUGCCGUGAGUUUAUUCUGUGUCUGUUUUGGGUAUCCCAUUUCUCAAUUGCUCAGUGAAGAGACCCCCACUGAGCAGUGGGUCCCAAGGGUAGGAAGCAUAAAAAUCCCUCAGGUGUGGGUACACAGUGAAAAGCUGGAAAUCAGCAAAUACAGAUGAAAACUCAUGCAUGUUCUUCAUUAUAUUAGCAAUAGUAGGUCACUAAACAGCAGUGUGCAUCAUCUGUUUUAAUCCUGCAUCUUAAUUGCAAGGACUAUAUUCUUUCCAUGUUAGAAAAACUCAACAGGACACUAUCGACAGCACAAAUUAAAGUGUCAGCUAUUGAACCAUUUCAUUUUGAGGUGGUCAGCAUUUAUAGCACUAUGAAGAACUACUGGCUGUGGGAGAUUUCAUUAAACUAUGAUUUGGCAUCAAACGCAGUAUAACUAUUUCCUUCUUAAUUAUUCUGAUAAAGCAGAUGCCUAGUAGUUCCCAGAUUCUGCUUUGUUACAACAGCACAAAUUCCAGAUAAGCCCCUGCACCAAAACAAAGUGAGAACUGCUAGUGGCACGUAUCUGUAUCACCAAAACUGAGGCUGUUCGGUUUACUGUCAUUAAUAAUGUCUUCAUUUCUGGUUUAGGAGUGAGGAAGUGUUGGAUCCACACAGAAAGUACACGCUGGGCCAUCUCAGUAACAUGCCCUGAAGGCCAGCGGUAGGGCAGCUUUGGGAAGAUAGUGAUAAACAAAUAUGUGCCCAGGUUGCUUAUGUAGUGAUGUACUGCCAAUUUUCUUGCAACAUCAUCUCUAAUGUCUUUUCACAUACUGAUCUUUCCAGUAGUGGAAGUGCGUAUUAAGAUAUAGGAAUGUAAAAUGCAGUCUUUUCCUUCAUUAUUGGGUUGGUUGCCCCUUUAGAAAUUAGCAUCUUCAGCAUAGUGUUCUGAACUUCAACCUUAAUCUUUGUCUUCCUCACAGGGAGAAAAGCCCUGGUCACUCCCAAGUGCUGAUGGUGGGUGUUCCAGAUUACGCAGAGCUGUUUGUUCUUAUUGCGCUUUCUGAAGUGAAAGAAACGCUCUUUACAUUUUAACCUUUGAUUUAGCAGUUGAUUUUCAUAUUCAAAAAAUUAAGAGACUAAAUAGCAAUGAUGUUAACAAUGCUUCAGUGUGGGUGAGAGUCUUAGUUUGGACCAUGAGGCUUAAGGUAUCUGUGUACAUAAAUCUCUGUGCCGGAAUAGACUGAUUUGUCAUACAUGUGGGAGUUGAACAGUGCAGGUCCGAGUAUUUUCUUGUGAGUUAGGCUUUUGCAUUAACUCCACUGUUGGCACGGAAUAUUCUGUUCCAUUAAUUUUUUUAAAAAAUGGUUUUCUGAUUCAAGUGCAGAUCAUGUUAGUAAGACUGUAAGUAAAAUAAUCUUUCAUCAUGUUACUUAUUUUGGCAAGCCCUACAGUAUCAUGUGCCUCUGAACCCAUCAGCUGCAGCCAUAACCUUUGCAACAUCACCUCCGAAGUGUGGAAUUGACCAAGUAUUUCACUUUCCCAGAUAGGAUUCAUCUUGCUUUGAGUAAGGAACUCUAACACAAAUGGUGAUACCAGUUCAAGGUGAGAGGCUCCUAUAUUUUACAAAGGUGAUGUAGGAAAGAUACGGGCUUGAAUGCCAUCAGUGUUGAGGCAGUUCUGGUUUAGAAGCAUGACAAUGUAUUAGGAAGACAUGAAGUCCACUUUGUUUAUUCUUAUAUUCGUAGUCUUACUCUCCUACAAUGCGAUCAACAGUGUCACUAUUACUGCUGCCUGAGAGAGGGUUGGAGGUAGCAAAAGAGGGAGUUCUGGAGCAGCACUGAGAGGGAUCACUCGGAGUGACAGCACAGCUGGAAACCUGCCACCGCUACCUGCCCUGGCGCCACGCUGCAGCUCUGCAAAGCAAGUCUGCACCUAUUCUUCCUUUUGUUACGGCUCAGCCUUGAUCCGCAUUCCCAAAUGACAGGAAAAAAAUAUUGCAGUUAUAUGUUUGAAAUCCUAACCUGAAUAAAAGCAGCAGGGCAGGGAUGACAGCCCCGGGCCUUGAUUCUCCUUUAUUCACCCAGACUUUUACAUCUGCUGACUUCAAAGCAGAUAGUUCUGAUUUACAUAGAGGUAGGUACAAGCCCAUGAAUCUUCACUUUCCAAAGGGUCAAACUUGAGUUUGAAGCAGGAGCGAACAGCUCAGCAUUCCUAUUAAAUCAUGUCUUCGGAGAAAGCACAUUAGCUGCUAGCAAAACUGCAGUUUCUCAUGAGCUGUUUCCCAAGGCCAGCACAGGUGUGUUUUCAAAUGUAUAGUUCUUUUUAAAUGUAUGGUUCAAUAACAUUCUUCUUGGGUGAAUUGUUCAGGCGAUGCUUUGCUGUUUCCUCCAAGCAGGGUGGGAACAAUUCUCUUAGCAGGUGCUGUGUGACUUUUAUAGAAGUCAUGAGAACAACAGAUAGAUAAGUUAUGAUAUAAUGCUGCUGCAUAAGACUAUUGUUCCUGGACUUCUGUUUAAAAAUGGAUAAUAAGUUUAGAAGUCUACUUCCUCUAACUGUAAUACACACAGACACAUAGUAAUUAGGAGUUUUCCUGAAAAUCCAUGAAUUCAGAGAAUAGCUUGUAAUCAAGCCUUUGAAAGACAGCAAAUGGAGGCUUUAUGUUUUGCAUAACGUUAGUCAUUGAACAGGGGAAAAAAGCUAUAGCUGUUUAGAUCACUGAAACAUUUAAAAAAUGACAGCCAACUGCCACACAAGAGGAUGUGAAAAUUUUCAUUAGCAAAUUUUUAUUUCUCCCUCAUUUUUAUUUUAUAUGGAGAACAAACUAUUCCACUUGAAAAUAUUUUUCUCUUAUUCUUCCAUUUCUUCACCUUUCUUUUCUUUUUUUGGUCUCAUUUUCAGAUUUUAAAUAUUAGAGUAGCAAGAAGUGUGUGUUUUUAAAAGUUGGGUUUAUUUUUCAUUUCCUUAAAAAUUACCUUUUUCAGGAGGCUUACAGAAAAUGAAAUAAGUCAAAACACUAAUGCAAUAUGGUAUCUUGAAAAUUGAGAAUAUUUUUGAAGUAGAAGUUAAGGAAUGCAGAUAAGCCUGUCACUCUUCUACAAUUACUGAAUUAUUUAGUUUCAUUUUUCUGGGCUUAAUAGUAUACCUCUCUAAUUAAAACUGUGUUAUGAGACCUGAUUAAGGAGCAGAAGUGGAGGAAUAUUAGAUUAUUUUAGGAUAACCCUGAAACAAAUUCUCUUUAAUAGCAAUAUAUAUAUAUUCAACGUCAUUAAUGUCAGCUCAUUUGUGGGGUUUUUUUCAUUUUUUAAAUAUCGUGUGUCCUCUCUGGGAGUAGUUCCCAGACUAGAAGUGUCUGUCUCUUUUGGGAAGUAUACGGUCUAAUUCCUUAUGGAAUUGGGAAAAAAAGUCCUCCCUGUGGCAGGUGUGAAGGUGGUGCGAGCACAGCGAGAACAUCUCCCACUAGCAGGGGGCAAUUUGAUCUAUGUUUGUCAUCUUUUCUGUGCAAGUAGUAGUGAUGGCCAAACUGAAGACUAAAUAAAUUCAUCCAGAUUUUUGGGUGUGGGAAGAGGUGGAAGGCCUCACUGGUGAAUCAGGAGUAGUGAUUACAACCAGUGGUAGAUACAACACAGAAUUAGAAAUUAACAAAUGGAGAUUUGUUCCUUAUACAAUCAGUAACAUAUCCUUUUAAUUUCUUCAGGUGACUGUGACCUCUCUCUCAAUUUGUCCAUCAGUUUAUAUCCACAUGCUCAUUGAACAUGUUAAAGUUGGAAUUGAAAAUAUUUGAGGGGUUUUUUUAACUGUCAGAUUUUUGUCAAACUAUCUUGAAAACAAACAUUGCCGAUAUCAUGUCAGUAGCUUAUGGCAGAGAAUAGAGGUGAGGAACAGCAUAGGACCAAGAGAAUAAAUGCAGCUGCAGACUGAGUUCAGAACAGCAUAAUACUGCUCAUAAACAUAAUUUCCAUCAAUUCUAAUUGAAAUUAUUCACGUAGGUGAAGAAAGAGAAACACAACUGAAUUCAGCCUUGGCAUAUGCAUGAAUAAUGGUCAGUACAAAGUAGCACAGAGGCUGAAACAAUUGAAAAACAAAACUCUUUUCUGAAAAUUAAUAGUUGAUACUGUUUCUCUUCUAACAGCUGGGUCAUGACAUUCCUACAUUGCAUAUAUUUAGACAAACAGGAUGUAUUAUUAAGAAAAUGCCACGAGCUAUGGUGUAAAUUCAUACAAACACAAGACCAAUUGAGGCAAUUAGGAUAAAUCUUUGACUGAUAUACAAAAAAAAGAACAACAGAAAAAAAAAAGUUAUUUAUUCUCAAUCAAUAAUUCAAACGACUGUACCCAAACCAUCCUUUCCUAUUAGAAUCCUGAUACUGCCUUCGCACAUCCCUCCAUGGAGACGAUGAAACAGGAACACUUUGUCUUUCUGUUCUUAUGAAGUCAGUGCUCCAUAUUCGUGUUACUUGGAAAUCUCUCAGGAUGAAUAAAUUUAGUAGGAACAAGUACAGAGUUCUCACCAGUCUUGGAGCCUGAAUAAGCCAUUAGCCAGUUUCAAGGAUAAAUUACCAUCAAGUUAUGAAUGCUUUCAUGUAUUUUUAACUGUGUAAGAAGAAACAUGUAGCAUUAAAAAAAAAAGUGGCCAAUUCUAUAUAGAUGUGGGAAUAGACGUCAUUUUUUCCAGCUACAAAGCUGCUAUUUGGUACAUGGACAGGAAAAUAUUUUUAUGGACUUGGUAUAAAGCACCUGCACUUGUGCUGGUUCUCAUGCACAUAGAAGUGCUGUAGCCCUAGCUCCUGACAACCUUUUAUCUGCCUGGGGAAUUCAAAAGCUCUGCAAAUCAUGCUGAGGGAUGGGUUGGUAUGUGUGAGUACAACUUUCCCUAAAAGUACUGCCGCUGGCCCAAUUUUUCCUGCUUCCCCAAAAGUAAAAGGAGAGGCAUGCCAGCUCCCAAAGGUCUUCAGCUCUAAUCCUUCCCUGACCUUUUUCAUGGCAGGAACAGUGGGGCCACAGGCUGGCCCUUGUCUCCACAUCUUGUGUGGCAACAGAAUUAUGGUACGAAGCUUUAGACAGGCUCCUCUGGCUAAGGGACUUGACACCACAGAAAGAGAGGUUAAACUAGCUCCACUAGCAAGGUUCAAACACUUCUACAGUAGCUUUCACAGCUUCUGCUAUAGUUGGGAAAUGAAAAGGAAAUCUACAGGACAGGGUAUGAAGAUGACACGUCUUCGAAAGGCAUGUCCAAAAGGCUCAAGGGGAAAAUUUUAAGUGGCACUCAUGCUCAUAGGAAGGUCUGUGUAAGAAGGCUGGGAUACAUUUUUCCAUGUUUCCAUGAAGGCAUAGAAUGCCACCUCCUUAUGCCCCAUGUUUGGUAGUGUUUGUGGGAGGCAGGAUUCACAGUAAAUUUUGAAGACUGGAAAAUCAUUAUCCCAUGUUUUUCUCCCCACUCUCCCAGAAGUUUGACAUACAGGAAGAAAAAAAUUGUCAAAUUCCACUUCAUGAAGGCUCAUACCACUGGUCUUUAUUGUCAAAACAAAGACAAAUGCAAAAAGAGGCAACCAAACCUGUGUGUGCAAAAUUGUUAUUUGUUACAACUGUUUAAUCUCUGACAUAUUUUUAAUAAGAUAUUACAAUAGUAACAGAAACAAAGUGGAAGAUUCAUCAUGACAGGAACUCUCAUAAUGAAAGACAAAUAGAAGUUGAAGACAAAUAAAAUAGCUGGGGAAUGCACCUGGGAAGGUAAAACCAGAAAUGGUUGCUACCUGGUGCAAUCACUCUGGUAGAAGCUCAUCUGGAAGACUACAAAAUUCUGGUCUAUCAUAGCCAAGAGAGGUGGUAUUCAGUAACCCAGGAUCAGAAAAAGGAUCAUCAGAAAGGAAAGCCAGGGGAGAGCCUAGGUUAGAAGGGGAGAUGUGUACGUGGUUUAUUUAGUCUACCAAUUGAUGGGUGAAGGAACAUGAGGUUGUUGUGUCUGUAAAAACAUGAUUCCAGGUAGCACCAGGAAAGGAGAACAAUGGUUUUAAAUAAAAAACAAUAUUGGUAUGAGAAUAAAUGCACUCAACCUGUUUAUGGACAGUUAGGUCUAUAGAAAUCGAGAUGGUUACUUCACAGGAUAGCAGGAUGAAAAAAGGAGCCUUGCUCUUUCUGAAAUGAAGCUUUGUGGGUGAGAUUAAUCUCCCUUCAAUCCAAAUGCCACAUUAGUUGACUAGGCCUAAGUAUAUUUUCUAGGCAUCUUCUAUAAUGAAUGGGAAGCAAAUAGCAUCUCAGGGGUCUAUUCGUUCCAGUUAUGCUGGCAACCUAAUUUGGAACAGGAAGAAUCCCACUCCAUGACUGAUCUUUCACCAUCGGUCAUAUGAGGAGUCACAGGCAGCUAACAUGUACUUGAUGCCUGCCUUUUAGAUAGCUAAAGACAGAUCAAGUGACUAUCACUCUAUAUAUUUAGCAAAUGGGAUAUCGACUUUUUUACAGUGGUGAUUAUGGAGUAAAUCUGUUUCUUUGGAUAGAAUUCAGAAAUUUACAGACAGCUUCUGACUUAAAAUCCUUGCUGUGCUGAAGUAAACGGGCAAUUUUUCAUUGGCCUCAAUGAAGCCCAGAUUUUGCCUGUUAAGUAUGGACAAGGUGAAACCUUGUAAGUCAAAGUCAUUAAAUGUAGGCAUCUUCCCUAACCAACGAGUGUUCUAGCCACUGAACCCUUGUUUUUUCAAAGCAAGUUAUUUAUAAUAAUGCUUCAGUAAAAUGACCAUCCAGGCAAAGUCAGUGAAUGAAAAUGCAUCUGUUUGACCACACAACAAACCAUCUUGGAGAUAUAUGUGCUUGUAUGCAUUCUGUUGCAUUGAUUGUGUGCACACGUAUUUUAGACUCCAAACUGGGUAGGUUAUCCAAUGUUGCAAAAUGCUAUCUAUUAAUAGUUAGCAUCGUUCUAUCGUUAUUCUUAAAGUUUGUUUUAAUAGCUAUCACAAUCAGAUCUCCUCUGGCGUUACUUGAAUUCAACAUCUAAGAUAAGAUUGUAUCAAAGCUAGAGUAAUUAGACACCAGUUGACAUGGCUGCAUCAUUCAUUCCUCACAAUAGUAAGGCUAAAUUGCUAUGCUGGGCUGAGUACAAGUAUUAAACUCACAGUGCCUGUGCCAAACAGGGUUUUUUUGUGGAAUCAAGAGAUCCUCGAUGUAAUUCUUUUCUAAUGGAAAAGUAGCCAAUUAUAACUUAAAAGGAAUGUAUAAAAGAUAGCUGAGAAGUGCUGGCUCUUUAACAUGUAAGUCAGAUGCUGAGGUCAAAAGUACUUAUUUUACUGUGUAAUUUAUUUGCAUCUCCUGCAAAGGAAAUAGGGCUGGUUCUCUGAAGGAUAACUGAGAGUCCUUUUGAUAUUCAUAGCAGAUUGUUUUGGAUGGCUACCAUCCAGAAAAUCUUCAUGGGGAGAGAAAAAUAUUCUGUGGGUGGAUGUAAAUAUCCCUUUUUCCCAGGUUUUAUCUUAGACUCACCUCUCUAUACUGCGUAGUUUACUUUCAGAGGUUUCUUUUUAUCUAUUUCUAAACAGCAUGAGUAUUUAUCGAAUGAUGCUGUGGUGAGAUAUGAUUCAUCCUUCAGGUUAAUAGAGUGCAUAGUUGAAAAAGCCCUUCACAUGCAAAGUAUUGUUAACCGCUUGUUCUUUGUAAAAGGGAAGGAAAUGACUCAGGCUGGAGAAAUGUUAUAGUGAAGACUGUUGAUGCUCUUCAAGCUGAUAGAAAAAGAAUUGCUCAAAUAAAAGGUGAGAGUUUCUGCAGGAAGCACUUUCUGAUGGGAAAAGGAUUAGUGCUCCAGGAAGGCUAACUAAGGAAAACCGACAGAAGAUCACACAAACUUGGCAAAUAUUUUGGAAAAGGCUUGGCAAAGAGGGAUUUAAUGGGGUUCAAGUCACAGUGAAAAGUGGAAUAUGGACAGGGCUGAGAUAGUCUGGUGUGCUUUGGAGGGACUAGUCUGAGGAUUUCUAUUUGCAGAGAGCAUGGGAUUGGUUUAUGAAACUGCACUGGCCCAUCCUACUUAGGGGUCUUGGAGUUGGAAGCAGCAGCAGAAAAUAAAAGAACUGAAAUACAGGUCAAGAAAGAAGGAACUGGGAAUAUUUGCUUUUCCUUUUCUACUCAUUAAAAAGAAAAAGAAAUCUGAAAUAUCCAACAGCAGGACACAAAACAGCAUGAAAAACUUUGGUAAAUUGACAUUCUUUCUCCUUACCUUUGUGAUUUGUAACAUCAGUGAUUAUUGAAAUAGAGACAGCUUUUAAACUAACUUAUUUUCACUGGUUGUGGCAACUUGCUUCAUUACUUUUGUUAACUUUCACUAUUUCAACAAAAUGUUCCUUCAUUUCUGCUGCCUAAAACGCAGUCAGUCUAUGACCCUGAUUCACAUGCGAACAGGGUCUUACCUCCCUAGGUAUUUCCCAAUCCAUACAAGCAUGGAAUUAAUCCUAUCUCCUUAUAAACCCUGGGCCCUUCCAAUAGCAUGGUGGGAAUGCGGAGCCACUUUUUUCCAGCUCUAGUUGACCCUACCAAGGCUUUUGAUAAAUGAUGUAACUAGGCGUGUACUGUGUCCCUACGAGGCCUCUAGGUUUGGGAGCUUGGUGGGUUGAUGUGACAGAAGUAGGGCUGAUUUGUCUUUCACAUAGAAGCAGGCACUGAUUAAGUGGUUAAAAGCAAUGAUGGAUGGUUUUGUGCUGAAUUGCUGGAGUGGAAUGUGUCUGAAGGGUGGUGAGGAUGUUUGAUGCUGGAUGACGAGGAAGUUUUUGCCAAGGCAUUGGUGAGGUCUCGCUGUCAAGGAUGUUAAUGAAAUGUAACUGCAGUCACUCUAAUCCAGAAGGAUUUUGACAAAAUCUUUGUAAGGUUAUUGUGCUCUGAAUAGUGUUAAAAUAUGUAAAUGUAAAUGAACUGAUGUUUACUUAUUUGAAUAAGAUACUGCAGAUGUAUUGUGGGAUAUAUAAAAAUGAAUGUGUAAUCUAGAUGAUUUUGGUUAUAAAAGAUGGUGCUUUGGCCAUCUGUUGGUGAUUUUCUUUUACCAGGCUAAGAAAAUUGUGGAUAUGAAAAGAAAUAACAAUUUAUUAGCACGUUUUUUGAUUGUAUGAA